AGGCUGACAGUAUAGCCUCUCUUUUGCUGGCGGUGAAUUGCGAACCCGUGGCGGUGUACUUUGGUGCGACAUGAGAGAUGCGCUGGUGGACCUGAUAUUGGCAUAGCGGGUCCCAGACCAUGCACGACAUGGUUUCAAGCACAUGUGGACUCAUGCUCUUGUGGUCGGCCAAUCCAUCCUUUACCAUGACAACGUCGACGGAUGUGUCUUGGAUCCCUAUGGCUCUUGACUUAAUCCAGGAUAUUCAAUCCGCUGGAGGUGCGUUGGGAGUACAUCGAGGAACCUAUUGGCAAGCAUCAGCGCUAUACGUACCAUGGACUAUUGCCCUUGCAGGCUGGACGUGUGGCUGUUACUUCGUCUCGCGAACAACCGCACCGGGGCAUAUUGGGGUAGACGCCGAAUUGGCCCAAGCUAGGGAGCUUGAAGUGAGAUAUUUUUUACUGUUGAAGGAUUUUUAGGUUGAGAUUCGCAAGCUGUUUUUUCCCUGUUUUUAACAGGCAGAAGAGCUGGUGCUGUG